AUAUUGGUCCUUGUUACAGUUUGAACGGUACGCUGCGAUAUUAGUCAUGGCGGGAUGUUUGGAGUGAAUUUAGCUUCAACACUAAAGAUGCAGAGAUCGGUGAGCAGUUUGAACCUGAACCUAAGUGUGAGAGCGAGGCUGAUAAGCGCGGGAAUACAGUCCACUCGAGACCUGCUGCACGUGAGCCCGAAACAGCUCAGCUCAGGUAACACACACACACACACACACACACACACACACACACAAAAUGGGUUAAGAUAGGCACUGAUGUUGGUUACAUUUUUACACCUUCAAUUGUGAGUGAAGGUUAACAAUAAGGGAUCAGACUCUGUACGUGUUUGUAGUAAGACUGAUAUAAGGGGUUUACUUUUUUGCAGUAGUUUGCGGUUCAGUGCUUAAAGGGAUAUUCUGACGUAAAAUUAAUUUAGGGUCAAACACACCGUAACACCGAGUUAGACACCCCCUCCAGAGAUGAAUAUUGCUGACCGCUUGCUUCUCUAGUUAUACCAACUUUAGUAACGACCGCAAGAUAGUAAUACAGAGAGCCACAAGCUUAACCAAAACGCCACUCUAUAGCCACAAAUAAUGCUCAGAGCAGCACCUAACUUCAUCAACAGUACAUGGGUCAAUGACGUGACGCCUCAAUAUUCUGUCCGGCUGUAUUUUCUUUAUAUUACGAAGAGUUUUAAAGGGGACCUGCCACCAAAAUUUCAUACCCAUUUUUAUCAUUUUUUCAUAAUCCUUAAUGUCCUCUGAUCAUGUUCAUCAGGCAACAUUCAUUUCUCCAGGGGGUGUCUAACUCGGUGUUACGGUGUGUUUGACCCAAAAUAAUUUUACGCCAGAGUAUCCCUUUAAAAUAGCUACAGAAAGCCACUAUUGAUGGUUACAAACAGGUAACUGUAACGGGAUGUUACAGUUAGGCACAAAAAAGGGUUCCAGUGAGGAGCUUAAAGUAGUUUCUUAUUCGGCCCUAAAAAUGGAAAGUUAGGGACCAAAAUUCAUUUCAUCUGUUCAUAUGUCCAGACUGUGGACCAGGACUCGCUGAUCCAUUAUUUCUGUCUGGUGUUGCAGAGACCGGCCUAUCCCAGCAGGAGGCGCUGGAGGUGCUGCAGGUGGUGAGUACAGGUCUGGGUGGAGCCUCUAUCAGCGCUCUGGAGCUCCUGCAGAGAGAAGAGGAGGAGCCAAAGAGCAUUGUUACCUUCUGCUCACAGCUCGAUACUGCGCUCGCUGGAGGACUUCCUGUUGGAAAAACCACUGAAGUCUGUGGAACGCCAGGAACGGGAAAAACACAGCUGUGGUCAGACACACACACACACACACUCACGUUAAACUAGUUUUUGUUCCACUGAUCAAUAAAGCUAUUGAUGAUCUCAUCACUCAGUCUACAGCUGGCUGUGGACGUUCAGGUGCCACCUUGUUUCGGGGGGGUCGGAGGUCAAGUGGUCUUUAUUGACACUGAGGGGACCUUCCUGCUGCAGAGAGUCACUGACAUGGCCGCCGCCGCUGUUCAACACUGCGCCCUAUUAGUUGAGGAUGAUGAACAGCGAGUUGCCAUGACAACUUUCUCUGUAGAAACCAUCCUGUCUAACAUUUUCCUGGUAAUUAUGAAAUCAUCAUUAAUCCAUCCUCCAAUCACUGCUGCUGUUACUGUGAUGUCAUACUUUGGCAACAGCAGAGGUAACUCUGAUUGGCUUUUUGUCUCACAGGUGUGUUGUCAUGACUACUUGGAGCUGCUGGCAGAGCUCCACUUGCUGCCUGACUUCCUGUCUGAGCAUCCGAGGGUCCGCCUUUUGGUGAUCGACAGCUUGGCAUUUCCAUUCCGGCAGCAUUUUGAUGAGCUGUCUCAACGUACACGCCUCCUCAACGGCCUCACCCAGCAGCUGAUUGCUAUGGCAACCAACCAAAACUUGGCUGUGGUGUUGACCAAUCACAUGACUACGCGUCUGCAAGGCAGCAAAUCACAGCUGGUCCCAGCCCUUGGGGAAAGCUGGGGUCACGCCCCCACCAUCAGACUCCUCCUACAAUGGGCAGGUUCAAGGCGGUUGGCAGCCAUCUUUAAAUCCUCUGGUCACAUGGACUCCACCAUCCAAUACCAGAUCACCUCUGAGGGAUUCAGGGACGCAGACCAAUUAGAGCAGCCGUAAAGCAAAAGGCCUAGGACACACAGCAGCCAAUCAGCUGCCAGCAUCAUAGAACUAAUCUCCUAAUUGGUCAAAGACUGUAAACUGAUCAGAGAUGGGUCUGUUUGUUAAAAAACUAAUUUAUGCUUUGCCUUUUUUUGAACUGAUAUUUAAACCUUUAUUUUCAGAGAAAAUUUAAAAUGAGGACUCACUACAGGUUUUGUUUUGGAAAAACAGCUGAUGAGCCUUUGGAAUAGUCAGACCAAGUAGACCAAUCAAUGAUCAAUUAAUAAAUAAUAAGAAAUAUUUUUUAAAAGUUUGUAUUCAAUGAAAACCUGGAGAUUGAAUGUGUGUGUAUGUGCGCACGAUAGUGUUCAGGGCUCGACAGUGCGACCGUUUCACUCGCAUUUGCGACUAAAAGUAGAUGUGUGCGAAUUGUAAAAUGUAUUUAAGGUCACUUACGCAUAAAAAAAAUUCACCAAGGCAACAAAUGUUUUUUCCUGUAAAUAUGGCAGUGAAGUUAGUUUUAGGUUGGAUAUUUGACAGACAUUCACUGAGGAUCUACCGGUGUCUUCUCACUCUCCAUAACCAGGAAUAACAACAGCAGUGCAGUUAAAUCUACUCGGCACCCUCACUGUCAACGUCGGUGUUGAAUAAGGGACCAUCAAUAAAUUACCGGUUGAUGUUCUCAAAAAAGGCUGUUUUCCUUCAAUAGCUUCCAUGUCAUGUCAUGUAACCGAUUGACCU